AUGUCCACCCGCUAUCACCAAGCAGCGAGUGACAACUACCUGGAACUUCUGAAGGAGGCCACCAAGCGUGAUCUGAAUCUCUCGGAUGACGAUGGCAUGACACCCACUCUCCUGGCAGCCUACCACGGCAACCUGGAGGCCCUGGAGAUAAUCUGCAGCAGAGGAAAUUUAACAUGCAUCUUUCAUAUUUUCGUCUCUAGUGGGGAUCCUGAUAAGUGCGACAUCUGGGGAAAUACUCCUCUACAUUAUGCAGCCUCCAAUGGCCACACCCACUGCAUCUCAUUUCUAGUCAACUUUGGUGCCAACAUCUUUGCCCUAGAUAAUGACCUGAAGUCCCCAUUGGACGCUGCUGCCAGCAGGGAGCAGAAGGAAUGUGUUGCUCUCCUGGAUAAGGCUGCUACCAUACAGAACACCACGAACCCCAAGAGGGUCACCCGACUGAAGGAGCAGGCUCUGAGGAAUGCCAGGAGGCAGAUGAAAGAAUGCGGGCGACUUCAGGAGAAGCACCAAAGCAAGAUGGCCCGCACCUACAGUAAGGAGGACUCAGGGACUCUUUCUUCUUUCCAUGGCACCUUCCCCAGCUCGUCGCUUUCCAAGGCUUCUGCUGGUGGAUUCGGGUCACUGUCUAAAGGCAUCAAAGAUACCUUUAAGAUAAAAUUUAAGAAGAACAAAGAUACCGCAGAGCAGGUGGAGAAGGAAGGCAGGAAUGGGCAGAGGCAUGUAAUGGAAGUGUUCAGAGAGGAGGAGGAGGAAGAUUCAUUUCCAGAGGACAUCAGAGAGAAGCUCCAGUUGUCAGCAGAGAAAGCCAGGGAUGUACAACACGAGUCUAUUCUCAACCGCCCAGGGCUAGGGAGCAUUGUUUUUAGAAGGAACAGAGUACUGGACCUUGAGGACAUCGCAGACAGCAGGAGGGAGUCGGGGUUUAAAAUACCCAGUGAGUUGUUCCAAAGACCAGGAGCCGCUGAUGAAGAGGAGGAUGAAGAAGGGGAGGCAAACAGUAUUGCAGGUGACCUUCCUUGGGAUGAAGAAGUAGAAUGGGAGGAGGACGUGGUGGACGCCACCCCGCUGGAAGUGUUCUUGCAGUCUCAGCAACUAGAGGAAUUCCUUCCCAUGUUCAUGAGAGAGCAGAUGGACCUAGAAGCCCUGCUGCUUUGCUCUGACGAGGACCUUCAGAAUAUCCACAUGCAGCUGGGCCCCAGAAAGAAAGUCCUCAAUGCCAUAGACAAGAGGAAGCAGGCACUCCAGCAGCCUGGGCAGCUGGUGGACACCAGCCUCUGAUGGAGGCCACUGGUGAGCAGGGUGACCUGAGCAUGUGGUCAUGCUGAGUUCCCUUGGGAGGACCACAGGAAGCACCCUGGACCUGAUCUUUGUCCAGUAAAAGACCUCUGGGUAUAGGUGUUAAGGUUUUAGAGAGGACCCUCAAAACAGAGGUCCAGACUCUGGGAGAUAGUCUGUAUUCAAGUAAACCAUCAGUUAAAAAAUAAAAGCCAGGAGACCUUGGAACAAGAAAACUGUGUUUCUCUUCACGAGUUUGCAGUCUGUCUAGACCAAAGGCUCUCACUGAUCUAAAGUGCAAAGCCCAACUUAAGUGGAUCUAAUCUUUUAACAGCUAUUUACAAGCAACAGGGUUGGGUUUAUAGUAUUCCUGUUUAAAAAUAGGAGAGUACAGCAGGUGGGGGGAUGGCAGAAAGAAAAUGUGGGGUGCCUCUUGUGGAAUGAAUUUCUAACGUUUGUGUAUGGAAGCCCUAACCUCUGAGUAUUUUUGGAACUAGUACUUUAAAGAGGUGAUUAAGGUUAUGUGAGGUUAUAAGGGUGGGCUCUUAAUUCCAUGUGACUUAAAAGAAAAGGAAGAUAAAUCAAGGGUGUGCUCACAUAGGAAGGAAAGAGAACAGCAGGAAGGCAGCUGUCCAUCAGCCAAUGAGAGCACCCCACCCCCCACCUCCCGGGAAAAUCAAACUUGACAAUAGUUUGGACUUCCAGCCCUCUGAGAUUCGAAAAAUCAGUUUCUGUUGUUUGAACCACUCUGCCUGCAGGGUUUUGUUAUGGCAGCCUGGGCUGACAAGUGUGGUGGGUCAACAAGAGGGUAGAAAAGGGAGAGAGAGCAAGAAGGAUUCAGGAAAACAGUGCCUGUCCCAUUUCACAGUCUUUCUAGGGGUUAAGCGCCUUCUGAGAUUUAAAAAGGGAGAGAAGAAGUACAGUUUUCAGGAAGAGUGAAGACAAAAGUUAGUUUUACAUCUCCAUGCUUGCCAUGCAUGCCUUCACUGUUAGUGUGUAUCAGUGGUGCUGUUCCUAGGUCAGUGCAUGUUAUAGUGUAGAUCUUUGAUGUAGCCCAAAGACUCAGAUGCUAAUGGCUUUGUCAUCUGCCUGUGCAGCUACGGGGAAGAGGUAGACAUCCAUCCCCCAGGCAGGGCAUAGUAGAAAGAAGUUAGGUUAUUGAGACAUGCCCUUCAAGUGGGUAUUGAGAUUUCAAAUAUUCCUUUCUUUUCUUUCCAACCACCGUAAGUGAACGGGUUUCCCCUGCCACAUGCUUCUAAUGGAUCCCCUUGCCACAGGUCCAAGCAAAGCCUCGGAAGUGAUAAAUUAAAACAAACCAUUCUUUCUUAAUCAUGAACAAAUGUCUAUUCCCCUAGGGAUAGGGCACCAAUGACAGACCAGAGAAACAGUUCUACCCUGAGCGAUGAUUCACAUCCUGGGAGCAUCCUGGGAGCUCCCUGCCUUAAGUUGCAGGCAGCUCCACCAAAAAGAACCGUUUCUCCCGAGCAACUGCUUUCACAACCUU